ACUGCUGAGUCAGUGUCAGAGAAAAGAGAGUUGCAGGUUUCUCGUGACCGCUUCUGACUUUUACUCCAUUCUCCAUUUACAUUUCCGAAUUGGGUGCCAGUUUUCUCUUUCUUUGAGCUGCAUAUUCUUCUGUUUGAUUCCUUAACUCCCCUGAAAAAAAAUUGGAAAAUUUAUGAAAAAGGUUUAGCUUUUCUAGUUUUCAUCAGUAGCCCCAGGUUUGAGACUUUGAGUUGAGCCAUGGAUUCAACUUGUGCAGCACUGAGUGCCACCAAUCUAGUUCAACUUAGUAACAAAUUUGGAAGAAACAGAGCAACUCUGUUCUGGGGUGAAUCUAAAAUAGCCCCUCAAAUAAGAACAACAACAACGUUCUUGAGUGUUCAAUCAACCAAGCCUGCAACUGCACACGCUGUUCUCACAUCAGAUGUGAAUCAAGAGUCCACGGCAUUCCAGGAGGAACAUAAUUUUGAAACCCCUGAAGCAGACCCAAAAGGUGUAGCUUCUAUCAUUUUGGGUGGAGGUGCUGGAACUCGCCUCUUUCCUCUUACUGGCAGAAGAGCCAAACCUGCGGUUCCAAUAGGAGGGUGUUAUAGACUCAUUGAUAUCCCUAUGAGCAAUUGCAUCAAUAGUGGCAUCAAGAAAAUAUUCAUUUUAACUCAGUUCAACUCUUUCUCCCUCAAUCGUCACUUGUCUCGCUUAUACAGCUUUGGAAAUGGCCUUAGUUUUGGGGAUGGUUUUGUGGAGGUCUUGGCUGCAACUCAAACACCUGGAGAAACAGGGAAGAAAUGGUUCCAAGGGACAGCUGAUGCUGUGAGGCAAUUUAUAUGGGUCUUUGAGGAUGCCAAGAACAAGAAUAUUGAGAAUAUAUUGAUACUUUCUGGUGAUCAUCUUUACCGAAUGGACUAUAUGAACUUUGUACAGAAACAUAUCGACACAAAUGCUGAUAUCACAGUUUCGUGUGUGCCCAUGGAUGAUAGCCGCGCAUCAGAUUAUGGGCUGAUGAAAAUUGAUAAAACAGGACGGAUUGUACAGUUUGCAGAAAAGCCAAAGGGAUCUGAUCUGAAGGAAAUGAAAGUUGACACCACUGUCCUCGGGUUAUCUGCAGAAGAAGCAAAGAAACAUCCUUACAUUGCAUCAAUGGGUGUCUAUGUCUUUAGAACUGAAACCCUGCUGAAACUACUAAGAUGGAGCUGUUCUUCGUGCAAUGACUUUGGAUCUGAAAUAAUCCCAUCUGCUGUGAAAGAUCACAAUGUCCAGGCAUAUUUGUUUAAUGAUUACUGGGAAGAUAUUGGAACUAUAAAGUCUUUCUUUGACGCAAAUUUGGCCCUUACAGAGCAGCCUCCAAAAUUUGAAUUCUAUGAUCCAAAGACUCCUUUCUUCACUUCCCCAAGGUUCCUACCACCCACUAAAGUAGAAAAAUGCAAGAUCGUGGAUGCAAUUAUUUCUCAUGGGUGCUUCUUGAGGGAGUGCAGCGUUCAACAUUCUAUUGUUGGGGUGCGCUCACGUCUAGAGUCCGGUGUGGAGCUUAAGGAUACCAUGAUGAUGGGUGCUGAUUAUUAUCAAACUGAGUCUGAAAUUGCAUCCUUUCUAGCAGAAGGAAAGGUUCCAAUUGGUGUGGGAGAGAAUACCAAAAUCAGGAAUUGUAUCAUUGACAAGAAUGCCAAGAUAGGAAGAAAUGUGAUUAUUGCAAAUGGUGAUGGUGUGGAAGAAGCAGACAGGCCUAAUGAAGGAUUCUACAUUAGGUCUGGCAUCACAGUUGUUCUAAAAAAUGCAACAAUCAAAGAUGGAACAGUAAUAUGAAGCCCUUCAAAUCAUCAAGCGUGCCUCUUUGUCUAAGACCUUAUUUAUAAUUAACUCGCUGAAUAUUUGUAGAUGUAGCAUUGGCUUCUUGUAUAUUAGUACAAUUUAGUUCCAGGAAAGAACUUAUUAGUUUUUGAAUAAGUAAUAUAGCCAGAGCUUAUUUCUCUUGAUCAUAAGUAAUAAUUACGUGUAACAAAUAGGACUACAUGUUCAUGAUAUAAAAUUCCAAUAAUGAGAAGUCAUAUGUAGUAGAGGGAUACUAUAUUAUUAUGAAGUAACAAUCCAUGGACAGAACAUGUUUACAAA